CACCGUUCAGGCGCGAGCGCGUAAAGCGCGGCAAUGAGCGACUCGGUUUGAAAACAAAACGGCAGUUCAGGAAAUUGUAAUACGGCUGGACAAGGAUGUCACAGAACGAUGCAUUGCAUUAUUCUGACCUGGAGAAUACAGGGAAGGCUCUUAUCGAGCUCAUUGAGAGCAGUAAAGCCGAAGACGCCCUGAGGGCAGCACGGAAGAAACAGCAGGCACUUUUUGACCACCACACAGAGGCUAAAAAAACGGUCACUGAGCUGUUAAACAGCUUGGUGCACUCUGAAGAGGUUGUUGGACAGAAGCUUUUGGAUCUGGAGGGUCAGAAGAGCCAGAUGAUGCGAGAGCUGGAGAAAGUGGAGCAGGAGGUGCAGCAGAGCCUGGCACAGAGCCACACUUUGGACUCGGAGAUACAAUUCCUACAGAGAGAGCUGGAGAGACUCAAAGACGGUGAGAAGGAAAUUCAGGCUUUGCAGCAGGAAGUAGAUGAAGACACAACUGAAGUAAUUCCAUCAGCUAUAUAUUUAGCACAGCUCUACUGUAAGGUUACAAGAAUUAAAUUGGAGCUGGGUACAGAACCUCACAUAGUCCGUGGAGUUCACUAUGGUCCAGAUCUGGCAACCCCUAUUAACAUAGACACAUCAAGGUGCUCCCCUUGUCAGGUCACUGAUGAGCUCUGGAGCCUCGUCAGCACGGACUGGUAGAGCUCUUUCUGUGCCAUGUUUGAGUUCAUUUUAAUCUUCCCUUUUCUUUUUUUUGUUUCCUUGUAUUUUUAUUUUUUAUUAAUAAAUAUAUCCUACGGAAUGAAGUGAAAUCUAGUGUACUACAUGCUUACUAAGGAUGCAAAGUAUAUAUCAUUUUAUACUGAUUUAUACUGAUACUUCCACCAUUUUGGGGAAGGAAAUCUUGCCCAAAGCAUGAAAAUAAAUCACGUUAUAUUUUCCAUAUAUUUUAUACUGUUUAAAAAUUUCAAGUACAUUGUAUUGUUUGUUUGUUUUUUUGUUGUUGUUUUUUUGUUGUUGUUUUUUGACAGAAUAACUCAUUUGAGUGCAUCUUUGAGUUUAUUCUUUCAGUUUAUGUUUUAUUUUUUCAGAAUGGUAGAAUAUUUCAAAGUCAGGAGUGUUAAGUAAGUAAGUAGUAAAACGACAGGGCAUGAUGUUAUUGGAAAAUAAUCAGUGACGGCCUGGCAGAUGCUUAACCACUGAUACUAAAAUUUUCCAAUAACAGAAUGUCACAGUGUUUUAUUCUUCAUACACAACAGAGGACACUUCAUAAUUUUAAUGCUGUUUAACACCCAUGAGACAAGUUAGAUCCUGUUCCCUUACCAGCUUUAUCUUUUCUGCUUUUAAAGUUAAUAAUACAAAAUCAUCACAGCUUGUCAUGUCACGAUGAUAUAAUCAUAUCAGGUUCAGAUGUAGUGCUGAGAUUUUAACCUGGAACAAUAACAGUCCGUCAGCUUCAAAUCUUCAUCGAGCCGCAACCAUGUGGUGAGAAAGUAACCACUGAAUAGGCGAGAGGAUGAUUUAACACUCUAACGCCCAUCUUGUUUCAACCCGUACUUCAUGUUGUAUCGUGUACCUGACACCUGACUAACACACGAAGCUUCCGACAGCGUGUCUGAAAUGUCAGGAAACAAUGGGAAUAUAUUCAGCAAAUAUGUCUCUUCGAAUAUUUUGCAUAAAAACAUGACACAGAAAAGAGUUUAAGGGUGAAUGUCUAUAUGGUGUAGGGCAUAUUGUAAUGAAUAAAAAAUUAUUUUUGUGUGUGGGGGUGGGGGGGGAUUGGCAGACAUCCUGUAGUAUGAUCUUGGUCUGCACCAUGUGUGUAUUGGUUGGUUUAUUUGGUUUUUUUUGUAGUUGUUGGUGUUUUGUUUUGUAUGUCAUCUGAACAUGAUACCAGUAGCGUUACUGGAAGUGACUGGUGUCAAGUUACAUUGAACAAGUGUAAAGUAACAGA